ACGGCACCGGCCACGCCCCAGCACCCCGUCCAUCUCGACUUUCAACAGGAUAAGACAGCGUUCGACUGCUCUUGGGCAGGACCGGAACCAACCCGUGAGAGCCCAGGACCAGCUGUCAAAGAGUUCGCCCUUGCACGGCCUCAAUGCGUGUCUGGUUUCUCCCAGCGCUUGUUGUCCCCACACAGGUUCCGGUCUGCAUUGCGGACUCCCUCUACACAUCGCCAAGGACGGGGCAUCGGUUCUUCCUUCUCUCUCUGCGCCAACCAUAUCUCCUUGGGUUAGGGUUCUUUGACUUUUCUUCGUCAUGCUUCUUGUUCAUCGCCCAAUAUACUGACUCGUACCAGACAUAUCUAGAGAGUACCCCUAAACCGCCAAGGGAACCCCCGACUGCCGCCGACCUUAAGCAUCGAGAGGACAUCGAGUUGGACGACCAUUUUGACAUCGCAUCUCCCAGGAAAGUUUUGAUAGAAGCCCUCGAUUUAGUCGAGGAGUUCUGCUUGCUGUGGGUGAUGCGUUACGUAUCCCAUGAGGCUAGGAAAACGAAAGCGCAGGAAAAGAAAAUGAAGGGGUGGUGUGUGGGGUGGGAGCUAUCCCACUACCGUACUGUGAUGCUUAAAUUCCUGAAUCACAAGGACAGGAAAUCUCACUGGCUUCAGGAUUUCCUCCCCAACGUCGAUCUAGCAACCAAUGCCAUUAUGAUGGCACGACAUGAUGAUUCGCACAGGAAUCCGUUAUAUUCGGACGAUGUUGUGACGAACUUGGGCCUAGCUCUCCGUUUUGUCCGAACCUGGGGGUACAGCAACUUCCCAGUAACGGACGCCGACUAUUACUACGGGCGGCUUAAGAAUCUAUUUGAUGGUUUCAUCAGCCAUCGAUCUUAAACACAUAACGCCCGCUCGGACUUAACGAUACGCGGCUGGUGAUUGAGCGGUGUACUCGAAGUAAUAGUCAUGGCGUUUGGGAUUGAGUAUGGACAUUGGUGACAUGGUGUUUUUUUGUUAUGAACUUACGGCAAGGAUGAUGUUUUGGGAAUGGAGUGAUCACGGAAACGAGGAUAACGGCGCAUAGACAUUUGCUA